CACACCGCUAUAAAGAGUACACGCAAAGUCACGUAUACAUUUUUGAAAAAUAUGCCAACACUUGGAUACUGGAAAACGAAAGGGUUAGCCCAGCCAAUCCGGUUACUUCUUACGUAUGCUGGGGAAGAAUUUGAAGAUGUACAGUACGAGCAGGGACCGCCGCCGGAUUUUAGUCGGGAAUCGUGGUACAGUGUGAAGCCAAAGUUUGGCGAAAUAUUUUCAUUUCCCAAUCUACCGUAUAUAGCGUCUUCGUCAGGUUGGAAGAAAACAGAUUCGGGAUUAUUUAUAGCUUUAAAAUAUAUUUUAUCAUUUUAUGUGACACUAGAUGGCGACACGGACAAAGAAAAGGCGAUUGUUGAUAUGAUCAUUGACGAAGCCAUGGACCUAAGACUUGGCGUUAUAAAAAUUACUUACACCAGUGUGGAAAACUACGAGAAAUGGAAACCAGAUUACUUCAAAACUGUCCCCACAAAACUAGCGCAGUUCGAGCGACAUCUCGGAGAGAACGACUGGUUCGCUGGCGAGAAAAUUACAGCCGCUGACUUUUCAAUGUAUGAAAUUUUGAUACAGCAUAGACGGAUGCAGUCAGAUUCUCUAGACGCUUUUCCCAAACUGCGAGCUUUCCUAGACAGGUUCGAGUGUCUGCCGAGAGUCAAGGAAUACCUUUCCCUGGACAAAGUAAAAAACCUGCCGACAAGUAGCAAGAUAGCAGUACCAAUUUGAAAUAAACAAGACUCAAAAUGUUAAUCAUAUCAGAGCCGCGUCAAGUUAAAAUGAUUUUUUAAUGCUUAAGGUGAUUUUUUGACAUUUUGAGCUUUUGGUAUAAUGUUUCUCUGCAAUAAAUCCUCUUUCCAAAACAGUA